AUGAGCAUACAUGAAGAUGAAGAUGAGGGAUUUAAGGAUGAUAAUGCAGAGAAGGAAAUUGAAAAGGAUAAAAAACAAAAUACAUAUACACUGGAGGACCAGGAUUCUGUGGAUUUGAAAAAAAUUCAGAUGACCCAAGAAACUCCACCACACACCAUUGUUGAGAAAGAAGGCCGACACAUGAUCAAUGACGAGAUUGUGGAGAAAAAUGGUUGGGAUUCCGUGGCAGAAUUCAUCAAGCCGUUCAAUAGUGUUAACGAUGACGCAGAUAAAAAAAAGGAUGGUCAAAAAUUGGAGAAGAAUGGGAAAAACAUCAACCAGUCGAAUCACAUUCUGGCACAGACAACUGGAAACUCAUUAGCAUCUGAUCAGUAUCCCGCUAAUGCCAAGCAACAGCCGCGUAUAAUCGACGACAUUUAUUUUUCUUCUGGUAAUGAUACAUCCCACCUCAACGCCAUACUGAAGAGAGACAUACCGAGAUUUUCCGAUCAUAAAAUAAAAUCGCGGAGGGGAGAAUUAUCGCGGGAGUUCGAAAAUGAGAUGGAUGAUAAGAGUGAUACAAAAGAGCCUGAAUGCAAAAAAAUGAAAAAUGAUAACUCUUCUCAAACUCUUUUAACCAGUUACGAGCGCAAAGUGAAUGAGCUGGAAAAAAGAAUUGAGAAACAGGCGCAAGAGAUCAAGCUAUUGAAGAGUGAAAAUAAGAAUCAGUCGGACACUAUCGAGAAAUACAAAGUAUUAGUGGCGAAACUUAAAAAAAAACAAAGAGGUAGCGAUGAAGAAGAAGAAGGGCUUGGAGGGAGGAAAAUAUUAGACAAAAUCGAAGGAACAAUAAGAGAUAUAAUGGACAAACAAAAUAAUCAAGAAACAUCACAGGUAACCUUGUCAGCACUAGCUGAAUAA